AUGGGGAAGCUGUUUCUUUGGGUUGGGCUGGUUCUUCUGCUGAAUCACCACAAUGGUGCUGCCUACAAACUGGUGUGUUAUUUCACCAACUGGGCACAUAGUCGACCAGGGCCUGCCUCCUUCUUGCCCCAUGAUCUAGAUCCCUUUCUCUGCACCCAUCUGAUUUUUGCCUUUGCUUCAAUGGACAACAACCGAAUUGUUGCCAGUAAUCUCCAGGAUGAGACGAUUCUCUACCCAGAGUUCAACCAACUGAAGGGGAGGAACACGGAGCUGAAAACACUGCUGUCUGUUGGAGGGUGGAACUUUGGCACAUCAAGGUUCACUGUGAUGUUAUCUACCCCAGCCAAUCGUGGCAAGUUUAUUGCUUCAGUUAUAUCCCUCCUGAGGACACAUGACUUUGAUGGUCUUGACCUUUUCUUCUUGUACCCUGGACUACGAGGCAGCCCCAUGCAUGACCGGUGGACUUUUCUCUCCUUAAUAGAGGAGCUGCUGUUUGCCUUCAAGAAUGAAUCACAAGUCACCAAGCGCCCAAGGCUGCUGCUCUCUGCUGCUGUCUCUGGUGUCCCACACAUUGUCCAAACAUCCUAUGAUGUGUAUCGUAUGGGACAACUCCUAGAUUUCAUCAAUGUCUUGUCUUAUGACUUACAUGGAAGCUGGGAAAAGUUCACUGGACACAAUAGCCCCCUAUUCUCUUUUCCUGGGGAUCCCAAGUCUUCGGCCUAUGCCAUGAAAUACUGGCGAAAGCUUAGUGCACCCGCAGAGAAGCUCAUCAUGGGGCUCCCCACCUAUGGACGUACCUUUCACCUCCUCAGAGCUUCUCAGAAUGGGUUGCAUGCUGCAGCUGUGGGACCAGGGGCUUCAGGGAAGUAUACCAAGCAAGCUGGGUUUCUGGCUUAUUAUGAGGUUUGCUCCUUUCUUCAGAAUGCAAAGAAGUACUGGAUUGACUAUCAGUAUGUUCCGUAUGCCUGCCAAGGGAAGGAGUGGGUUGGCUAUGAUAAUGCCACCAGCUUCAGUUAUAAGGGAAAGUUCAUAAUGAGAGAGCAUUUUGGGGGGGCCAUGGUGUGGACAUUGGACAUGGAUGAUGUCAGGGGCGCUUUCUGUGGCACUGGCCCUUUCCCCCUGGUUCACACAUUGAAGGACCUUCUGGUAAAGGCUGACUUAACACCUUUCACAAUUACUAAUAGGCCUAAGUGCUCACUAGAGGACCUUCCCACUAAAAGGUAUGAGACCUUGCUCCUCUCCCUUGGCCCCACCCUGGCAGACAAGAGGGCCACAUUAAUGAAGAAGUAG